GUCUUGUUGUGAUAUAUUUAGGUUAACAGUAUCAUUUGAAUUUUGAAUCAGUUGUCUUCUACUCUGUUAUUAUUGUAAUUGAUUGUUGUUCCUACGUUAUUUUGAAAACGAGAAAAAUCGACAAAAAAUGGAUCCAACUCCUGAUACAUUCGAGACUAAUGUCAAUUUGCCGCCUUCCUUACUUCUUGCUAAAUUCUGUUACUCAAGAUCUAAAGAGAUACAAUUAAUGAAGCAGCAUCUGUCUUCUUCUGAUCAUAGUACGAAAUUAGCAUUCCAAAAAUUACCUCGACAUAUGAGGAGAAGAGCAAUGUCGCACAAUGUAAAAAGAUUACCUAGACGUUUACGUGAGAAGCAUAUGAGCCAAAUGAAAAAAUCUGGUUUACCUCCGAAACAGAAAAGACCUUCAAGGAAGUAUCGAAGAAAGCCUUCAAAUCUUUUGGCAGAAUAUACAAAGAGACAAUCUAAAAUCAAGUGGUUGAAUACACAUGUAUGGCAUGCUAAAAGAUUUCACAUGAUUACAAAAUGGGGCAAUAAGAUACCAUAUACUCCAUGUGACAAAGCAUUCACUGCAUGUUAUAGAGCCACCAAAAAUCACUGCCUCCUUCAAGAUAUUUCUUAUUUCCAGUGUAUUGAAAUAAUAGCAGAAAAAGAGAUUAUAAUUGAAAAAUUCAAAUCCAUUACAAAUUCAUUAGGUGGUCUAUCUAUUGGAAGUAAGGCCUUUAUAAGUGGUCUAAGAGAAGGAGAAAUAACAAUAUACAAAUACAAUUCAAACCUUAGUGAAGCCUUAGGGAAAAUUAAAUAUAUGUGGAAAUUCUCAUUGGAUGCUGAAAAAAAUACAUGCCUCUGGAUAUGGAACCACACUGCUUUCCAUGAAGAUGUUCUUAACACUCUUCUGGAGUGUUUUGAAUUGUUACACACUGAAGAUAAUUGUUAUCAUAAUAUUGACAAGAAAAUUCAGCUUAAAGAACUCAGGACUGAAUUAAAUCGUUUCCGAUUGAGUGGCGAUCUAUCAAAUAGUAUUGUGCAAAACUCCUUUGCAUUAUGUCAUUCUAAAGAUAAUUUCGUUGAUUGGUUCAAAGAUGAUAAAUCUGCUCUGGAAGCCAUUGAGCAACAACAAAAAUAUUGGACAGAAUUGAAAGAGGUAAGUUCAACAAGUUAUCUAUCCCCUCACAUUAUUGUACCUAUUAUUAUGCAUGAUCCUCGAUUGAGUUCACCAACAGUUCGAACAAAAUCCCAACAAAUCUUCAGUCUGAAUUUAGAAGUGAAUUGUUCUCUUCCUGAAUCCACUCUAAGUCCACUUUGGGAUGAAAAUUUGAGAAGAAAAAUUAACUCCAGUAAAAUUUCAAAUUCAGAAGUAUCGAAAAUACGUAGUGAAUGUUUGAUUCCUGGUUCGGAUUUGACUGAGAUGGGAUACCCAGUACCUCUCAUAUUGAUACAGCGUCCUGGCAGCAGGGAAGAUAAUGUUGGAUAUUCUUCUGGAUGGGACAUAAUUCUCCCAUCCGCAUGGGCACAACCGCUUUGGAUAUCUUUAAUAAUGUGGGGUGCAAGAAGUGGUGGACUGAAGGAGUAUAUACAUAAUAAUUUUGAAAUGGGAAAAUUAGAUCUUUUAUUUCCUGAUACACCUGCUGGUCAAAAGGAAGAAGACAGUAUUAGUGAAGAUCAUAUAAAAAAGUUUUUCAGAAAACCUCCCAACAGAAGGACAAAUUUCAGCAAGUUUAAUAUAGCUAGUCCCUUCAAAUUCAAUUGGAAAUUACUAAUAGAAAAUUGGUUGGGAAAAGAGAUAGAGAAGUAUGUGGUUUUGAGGGAGAGAAAGACUCUAAUAGCCUUGCAACAUAAUUUGUCAUUGUGUGAAGAUGUUUCUCUACCAGAUAAUUGUUUAAUCCCUGUGCAAUUGAAAUGCUCAAAAGGAGUUCCAAAAAAAUUCUCUAUUAUAUGUCUUCCGAAUAAAAAUGAUCUUAAACAAAUUCCUCAAGAACCUAAAUGUCCGGAUCCAAAUCAGCAGAAAAGAUCUGAAAUGAGGAAACAACAUAAAACAUUGCUCAAAAGACUUAGACAAAGAAGAAAAAAGGCAAAAGAUUUACAAAAAAAAUUAGAAAACAUUGAUCUGACAGAAUUAUUCGAGUAUCAUGUAGAAAUGAGGAAAUUGUGGCUUCCAGAAGCAACAAAUAUAAAGGAUUCUUGUUCUAGGCCAGUUCUUGGUUUUAUUAGAGAAGGUGGUUUCAGUUAUACUUUGGGUAACUCAAAAGGUUUAGGAUAUAUAGCAGGAGCUUCUUUGAAAACCCUAGUGAAGCAAAAACUUGGUAAUAAUGUUCUCAUUAGAAAUACCAAUUCUAGACAUUAUUUUUUGGCAAAACUAUCAAUUAUCACUGAUUUGUAAACUUUUAUAAUAUAAUGAUAUUUUUUUCCUGACCUUAAAUAUGUACACUUUGUUAUUAUCGAUUUGUUUGAAAAUAUAUUGUUUUUGUUAA